UUCUAGGCUGAUUACCAAUUUACCUUUCGUGUUGAAAAAGACAAACCUGUUACCGAGCGAGAUAGUAAACACCCGUCACUAGGCCAAACCCCACCGUCGUUUCGCUUCUCCUUCAAGCAAAGCACAAAGAACUCCCAACUCGGGGACCUAUCUCACCGACCGAGUCACCACCACCGAUUCCAAAUGGAAGCCCAAGAGGGGACGCAGCAGCCGCACCUCGUGCUCGCAAACAAGCUCUUCCUCCUCUCCCAUUCCGAUGUCCCGGACAUCGAAAAGGUCCAACUAAGGGAGGAGGUUUUUGCCUCCGUCAAAGCCGACGAUAUGGCGCCGUUGUACGAAACCCUAGUCGCCGAAUCAAUGCUCGAGCUGGACCAGGGCGUUAUGGACUCGAUGAGGGCGAAGAACCAGGAGGAGCUCAAGAAGCUCGAUGAAAAGAUUGCUGAUGCGGAAAAGAACUUGGAUAACUUUAUGACUGGCCUGACAGAGCAGAUAAAGUUGGACCGUUAUUUGCACCCACACUUCCGUUAUUACAUGAGGGAGAUCAGAACUGUUGUUUAUUCUCAGUUCUUGGAGUCCUACAAGAGUGUUACCAUUGAAGCUAUGGCUAAAGCUUUUGGCAUGACCGUGGAUUUCAUUGAUCUGGAGCUAUCUCGUUUCAUUGCAGCAGGGAAGCUUCAUUGCAAGAUUGACAAAGUUGCCGGUGUUUUAGAAACCAAUCAUCCUGAUGCUAAGAAUUCACUGUACCAAGCAACCAUCAAGCAAGGGGACUUCUUAUUGAACCGCAUCCAGAAGCUAUCUCGUGUCAUUGACCUGUAGGUAGGCUUUCUGCAUUUUGAAUGUGGUCAUAAGGAACUUCAGAGCAUAGCAACUUGUGCGUUUUCACUUUUAAUUAGAUGAAACUAAGUUGUAUUUGUCUUUUUCUCCGAAUUUGUGUAGAACCGAAGUACUUGUAUCGAGGUUUCCCUUUUCCUUUCUAAUUGCUGUUCAUUCAUGGUAGCUUUUUGAGUGCGAGAACUUGGAACACCUGCUGCCUACUGUGUUUAAUUGCUGUUAUUUCCCUAA